AUGGUGCCAAACUAUAAUUGUCUUAACCAAGGAUGGUUCGAGUUGUACUGGGGUGGAUCAGACGCCGCAGGCUAUCUCUGGACCAAGCACAACUGCAAGGACCAAGGUGAGAAUGAAUGGAGGUUUGAGAGACCAGGUUUCAGAUCAGGUUGGAUGAAGUAUAAUCAAGGAUGUCCAUUAUAUUAUAACAACAUUGAGGGUCCACUAGCUUAUUGUGAAUCAGCCAACUACAACUGUUAA